AUGCGGCCCAAGGUUGGCGACUCGAUCGCUUUAAGUUCCUCCCCAUGGUUGAAUUUCUCGUAUGAAAUGAACCCGACUGCCGAAUGGUUUGUCUUCCUCGAGUCUGAUACCUACUUUGUAUGGGAUAAUUUGUUCCGUCUUCUGGACCACUUUGAUCCGUCAGUUCCUUUGUACUUUUGGAUCCCCGUCACCGGGGAAAGAAGACCGCGGCAAGAGAACUUUUUUGCCUAUGGUGGGGCAGGAUUCGUACUUUCGGCAGCUGCAAUUGACAAGUUGGUUGCUCGGAAAAUCGGGUCGCAUGGCGAAUAUAUCGAGUCGCCGUUGAGCAAGCGGUAUGAAGAGCUGCUGAAGGCUGAUCCUUGCGGGGAUUCGGUACUGGGGUGGGCACUGCAUGAGAGAGGAGUGCAGCUGUCAGGGCUUUGGCCUAUGUUUAACCCUCAUCCUCUCCACGGGAUCCCAUUCGACAAUGCAUAUUGGUGUCAGCCUGUUAUCAGCAUGCAUAAGUCGUUGCUGGCAGAUAUGGAGGCGUUGGUGAAAUGGGAGCAUAAACGGGAUCGAGAGGGGACCAUGGAGCGUCAAAAUGACUGGGAUAAUGGAGAUUGGGGCGGAUUCCAGGAACCCCGGAGUCAGCGGCUCACAAGUCCGUCGAGAACUGUCGGGAAGCAUGCCAUAAGCACACCGCCCGUCGCUCAUACACCUACGACCAUGCAGGGCACUGUGUCUUUGUACCAACCAUGCGACUCGGAACGGCAAAGCCCGCGACUGCAGACGUGCAGCUAUCUGCUGGUUGGGACCUUGAGAAACUCAAGAACUGGAGAGCUACUCACCCCUGCGAGAAGCCAUUAUAAUGGCCCCCAUCCGCUUGCAAUCCUCACGGAGGAGGAGACCAACAUCGCCCGCGAUGUUGUCGUCUCAUGUCAUCCCAACACCGUCAUUGACUUUCACGAGAUCUACUUGUUGGAACCUCCCAAGGUCCAACUGAGUGAAUUUCUCGCGCUAGAGCACGCAGGUCGUCUAAGCCCGACUACCCUCGUCCUGCGCGCAUGGCCCUGUGGUUUGUGUUUUGCUCGAGACGCAAGCAAGAAGAAUGACGAUGCCAAUUUCUACUCCUACCCUCUGCCUGUUAUCCCUGUAAUGGAUGCGCACACCCAGGAAAUCAUCCGGGUUGAUCGUCCCGCUACGGGAGGCAAGGGAGAAGGCACACGGAAGGAUCUGAAGCCGUUGAACGUGGUACAACCUGAAGGGCCGUCAUUCCGGGUUACAAACGAAUCGCUGGUCGAGUGGCAGAAGUGGAGAUUCCGCGUUGGCUUCAAUCCCCGUGAAGGAGCCACUAUUCAUGAUGUUUGGUAUGAUGGACGUAGUGUCAUGUACCGGUUGGCUAUCAACCGUGCCAUAUGCCGACCCCGUCCUCCAUUCCACCGUAAGCAGGCCUUCGACUUCGGUGACGGCGGUGGUGGAAACAUGGCGAAUAAUCUGUCUAUUGGUCGGACGGCACGGCAAAGAAGCUACCGAAUGCCAUCUGCUUGCACGAGGAGGAUAACGGAAUCGGCUGGAAACACUCCUAAUUGGCGCACCGGUCGCGCCGUGGUGACCCGCAACCGGGAACUAAUCGUGCAAUUUAUCAUCACGCUGGCCAACUACGAGUACGUGUUUGCCUACAAGUUCGACCUUGCAGGUGGCAUCACCGUGGAGUCGCGCGCAACUGGUAUCCUGAACGUGGUCAACAUCGACGCCGGCAAGGUCAGCGAAUACGGCAACGUGGUCAGUGGAGGUGUUUUGGCCCAGAAUCAUCAACACAUCUUCUGCGUUCGCAUCGACCCUGCCGUUGAUGGUAGCGAUAACUCCGUCGUCGUGGAGGAAUCGCACCCCGUGCCUAUGAACGAAGUCACCAAUCCCAACGGCAACUUCUACCAGGUGACGAACGACACUAUUCAGCGUGCAGGAUGGACAAUCAAAAUGGUCAACCCGCAUCGCAUCAACCCGAUCAGCGGCAAGCCAGUAGCCUACAAAUUCAUUCCUCUAGCAACGCAGCUACCGCUAGCAGACCCCAACUCGAUCCAGGCCAAGCGCGCUCAGUUCGCGCAGCACCAUGUCUGGGACCAAGUACCGCGACUGGGAGCUGUACGCCGGAGGACGGUACACACUGCAAAGUCAGCAGGAGAUUGGCGGAGUAUCGGAUGCGGUUCGACGCGGAGAUUCAGUGGACGACACGGACGUGGUGGUGUGGAGUUGCUUCGGAAUCACACACACAACCCGCGCGUGGAAGAUUGGCCUGUGAUGCCUGUUGAGACUUUCCAGCUCAUGAUCCGACCUUCGGAUUUCUUCACGGCGAACCCCAGCGCUGGAUGUGCCGUCGGACAAGAACGCCGCAUCCAAGGUGACUCUCGACUCGAUUCCGAACAGUCGACUACCAGAUUGAAACGCUUCGGCAUGAGAUGCGCGAUGGCCGCUCGUAUACGCCGGUUGGAAUCCUCAUCUAGUGGAAGCGUUGCGAACAGCGCCAUUCCCACCUCCGGAUCAACUAUCUCCACGCCGUCGAAUAAUGCUGGUCUACAGCGGAUUAUGAACCGGCCUCAGUCGCCGUCGUAUGUUGGCCCCACGAGCGCAGAGUUCGGUCUCAUGGCACGUCAAAAGUCUGUCGACGAUAGCGAUGGGGAUGACUUCGCGUCCACUGCAGCGGCUAGUCCUGUCGCGCAGUCGGAUACAGAGGCGAUGUCGAGCGAUCCGCUGGGAUGGUUGGGAUUGACGGAGGCGCUGCGACUGGUGACGGCGUAUGAGAAUAGCGUUGGGCUGAUGUACCCGUGUGUUGAUCUGGAUAGUGUACGUGCGUAUGUGGCGGAGUAUUAUCGGACUGAUGGUCGGCCGGGACCCGCGUCCCCUGUUGCCGUGGAACAGGACUGGUUCUUUGCGCGAGAUGUCGAAGUGUUGAAGAUUAUCCUGGCUACGGCGUUGUUAGUGGAAUCGCAUGGACGCAGCGAACGCGCGGCAUUUUAG